GGCUUCAGCUCUCCAGGCUCGGUCUCCACCGGGUUCACCGCCUGUUUCCUGCCUGUUUGACCGACUGAAGACCACCCUCACCCGCCAUCAUGCCGAUGAAACGCAGCGGCGACACUUCUGCCAGAGACGACGUGUUUUUCAGUCACGCUUUGUGCGGCUCGCCUCAAAUAACGUGUUCAGAUUUUAAAGGACAAACACGCUUCCUUCAAGAAGAUGAUUCUGGGAUUAAAUCAGAAGACAGCAACGAGACACCGUCGUCUGAAGAUGAUCCUGACCCGGUGGACCUGAACUCAGACUCGACCAUGAAACAAAGCAUCGGUUCCUCCAGGAGGACCAGCAGUCAGACCAUCAAGGACAAGAAGAGACAAACGCAGCUCACUCUGCAGUGGCUUGAGGAGAACUACACUGUGUGUGAAGGAGUGUGUUUGCCUCGGUGUAUCCUCUACGCUCACUAUCUGGACUUCUGCAGGAAAGAGAACCUGGACCCGGCCUGCGCUGCUACCUUUGGAAAGACGAUCCGACAGAAGUUUCCUCUUCUCACAACAAGAAGRCUUGGCACCAGAGGACACUCCAAAUACCAUUAUUAUGGAAUUGGCAUCAAAGAGAGCAGCACCUAUUACCACUCAGUGUAUUCUGGUAAAGGUUUGACCAGAUUUUCAGGUAGCAAAUUGAAGAAUGAGGGUGGAUUUACCAGGAAAUACUCUUUGAGCUCUAAAACUGGAACGUUGCUCCCAGACUUCCCCAACCCUCAGCAUCUCGUGCUGCAGGGAAACACCUCCAGAGAAAAGGUGGACACUCUGAUCAUGAUGUAUAAAACACACUGCCAGUGCAUCCUGGAUAACGCCAUUAAUGUCAAUUUUGACGAGAUCCAGAAUUUCCUGCUCCACUUCUGGCAGGGGAUGCCGGACCACCUGCUGCCGCUGCUGGAAAACCCGGUUAUAGUCGACGUCUUCUGCGUGUGUGACUCCAUCCUCUACAAGGUUUUAACUGAUGUUUUGAUCCCUGCCACGAUGCAGGAGAUGCCUGAAAGUCUGCUAGCAGAUAUCAGGAACUUUGCCAAACACUGGGAGCACUGGUUAGCCUCUUCGCUGGAAAACCUCCCAGAAUGCCUUUCUGCUAAGAAGCUCCCCAUAGCGCGCCGCUUUGUUUCCUCCCUGAAUAGACAGACCUCCUUCUUACACCUGGCACAGAUCGCUCGUCCGGCUCUUUUCGACCAGGCCGUGGUGACCAGCAUGGUGCUGGAUAUCGACAGGGUGGAUCUGAACAGCAUCGUCUCACAGCCUCUGCUCAGCGUCUCUGCUGUUGGAGAUCAGGAUUCAGAUAAUUACUCAGAGUAUGAUUCUGUUGCAGUCUUUCAGGAGCUGAAGGAGCUGCUGAGGAAAAACGCCACGGUCGAGUCGUUCGUCGAGUGGCUUGACUCGGUGGUUGAGCACAAAGUCAUCAAGCCCAGUAAACAGAUGGGUCGCUCUUUGAAGAAGCGAGCUCAGGAUUUCCUCCUCAGGUGGAGCUUCUUCGGUGCCAGAGUGAUGCACAACCUGACGCUCAACAACGCCUCCAGCUUCGGUUCUUUCCACCUGAUCAGGAUGUUGUUGGACGAGUACGUCCUGCUGGCUCUGGAGACCCAGUUCAACAACGACAAGGAGCAGGACCUGCAGAACCUGCUGGACCGAUACAUGAAAAACUCAGAUGCCAGCAAAGCGGCGUUCAUGGCGUCACCCAGUUCCUGCUUUCUGGCCAACCGGAACAAGCUCUCCACUUCCUCCGACCAAUCGGUGAAGAACGAGUCUCUGGGGGAGCACACCUACAUCCAGCUGUCCACCAAUCAGCCGCAGAGCCUGGAAUCAAAAACGCUYCUCUACCAGGAGAAUGACACUCCUGAGUUCACAGCUUCAGAUUUAUCUCAGGUCAGCGUCCCCCUCAUGACGCCACCCGUCUCUCCGGCUGCGUCGGUUCACCGAGGCUCCGUCAUCAACCAGGGCCCCAUGGCCGGCAGGCCCCUGACAUCCUGCUCCUUCUCCUCGUCCUCCUGCCUCUCCUCCCUCGGUGUGAUGACCCAGCCCAGCCCCUGCCCCUCGUACCCGGAGACCCUGUACCAGUGCUUACCUCAGACCAGCACCAGUUAUUACCCUGCAGUCAGCGUCUCCUCGGCUGCGACCUGUCAGGCUGCUCUCAGAUCUCAGGUCCAGAAUCAGUGUCUGACUCCAGUUCAGUCUCAGACGUCCCCUCUGGGCUGCCACCUCCUCCGGUACCCGUCCAUCAGUGACCAGCCUCUGAGUAAAGAUGUCUUCUACGAUCCUCACUCCUCGUCCAUCCAUCAAUCCUCCAGCGGUUCUGACUGUUCCCUGACACCUUACGGACCCGCCUCCAGCUACGCUCCCAGCUCGGACCCAGAACCAGGACUGGACCAGCAGUCAGCAGCUCACCUUCUGGACUCUUCUGAGGGUUUCGGCUUCGCGGGGACCGGACUGAACCUCGUGGGUGGUGGUUGUCAGGGACAGACGUACUCCGUCACAGGACACACAGCAGGGUUCUACGGCAGCACCAGUUACCUGACGAGCCAGCGGAUGACCUCGCUGGUCGACCAGCACGUGUCAGUCAUCAGCAGCGUGGGAAGCCUGCGCCCGUUCCCGUCCACCUUCUCCGAAGUCCACGAUCCGCUGAACCUGCUGAGCGACCCGGGAAGGAAAACCACGGGAGGCUUUUACAGCGAAACAGAACCCGGUCCUCUCCUCCCACCCACCGGUUCUGCUCCCUGCAUGUUCGCGCUUCCCUUUAGCUCGCAGGACACCCUGAUGUCUCAGCAGCGUGGGACGACGUCCUCAGAGGACCUGGUGUCCUCGCUGCCCCCCAUCAACACUGUGUUCAUGGGGGCCGGAGGAGUUCAGUGACUCACAACAACCAGAAGAGGACCAGGACAGCGUCACUUAAAUCUGAACAUGGAGCCAGGCAGGUAGAGCUGAAUCCUCUGCUACAGAAAYGUUACAACUGUUUUAUUUAAAAAGAAUUGCCACUGUAGUAUUUUUAAAUAGAUAAUUCAACUUAAAGUGUUUUACUUUGAUGUGAACUGAUACAUGGUCACAAAGACUGRUUCUUACACUGAGGACUUUCUCCAGCGUUCUGUUUAUACCUGAUGCUUCCAUUUCUUCUAAAUAAAAUGCGGUGUGUUCGACACAGACUGCAAAACAAAACAAAAA